CUUGAGUGAGCAUGGAGAAUUGUGUGCACUAAAAUGUUCUUGAUUAGUUUGCCAAUCAGGCAAAACCGGAACAGUUCACGGUUGAUAGUGGCCAGGUGCAUUUUGCAAUAAUGGCGGUGCUGCACAUGGCACGACAGUAACUGUUGUUGCUGUCCACUGAGAGUCAAAGUAUGUGUGCGAAUGUAGAUCACUUUGAGCGUUAUAAGAUCGGUCAGUAGGUACACAGUUCUGAAUAUUAUUCACUUCACACUUCACAUGUUGGCGAGCACAGUCCACGACACGAAACCCGAGUCCAUUGUCUGUGUUAGUGGCGUAGCACUCUACCGUUGUCGAGUGACAAAGUUUGAAGUUAACGUGGCUGGAGAUCACGAAUCACUGUGAAUUAAUGUAGAACUGGUCAUUGGCGAAGGAAUGAAGAUGUCUGGCGAUCAUUGUUAUGCUUCCAAAUCUCCGAGCAAAGCGUUGGGUGAGGUUGCCAUGGCAUCGUGCACAUAACCUGUUGAUUUACAACACCCGGCACGGAAGACGUAGAAACUUUGGGGUCACCAGUAUGGGAACGGGAUACGAUUAUCAGUUGAAUGCAAUAACUAUCCCCAUUAAAUUCCACAUAGAGAUAUAUUUCGCAUUAAGUCAUAUAUGUGUACACAGCUUGUGAUACAGAACAGAACUCAAAAAACUAACACGGAGGCUCGGCAGAGCAGUAAGUGUCCAAAGGUGGUGUUAAUCGUGGUCGAUACGACCUAUCGACACCACAUCAUAAAGUAGGAGACAAUACUUUUUGACCUCCUCUAAUUACGUUUCCUGUUCACAGUGGCCAGCUUUAUCAAUUCCACAUUAUUACACAUUUGUUGUGAAACAUAUUGUAUAGUUUUAAUUAUUGGUAGACCAUUUUCAUCUUCUAUUAAACACCUUAUGUUUGUACUUGUACAUUACUUCAAAUGUUUAACUUCUUGUUUCCGUUUCCCUGUAUCCAUUGAGUUUUAAAACUUUCUUUUGUGAUUCUAAUAAAAUUUGUAUUUUUUCAAGAAAUAUAUGUGAGUACCCAUCUAUCAUUUCUAGCUAAAAUAUGUUGCAUAUCUGUGAGUACUGUAUUAUGACAAACCAACUUUUCUUGUUAUAUUACAACUGAUAGUGUAUCCUCAAGUUCUAUUUGGAUGUCUGUACUAAGCAAAAGAGGGAAGGCAAAACACACUGUACUCCCGUUCCGAGAAGGAACCGAGUUUAUAUCCCAACUAGCCUCUCAUGUUUGGGCUCCUGUGGUUCCGCCAUUUAGGUUGAAUGCCAGAUUGAUUCUUUGAAAAGAGCCCGGCCAGUUGCUUUCCCCAUUUGUGACCAGUUCAAGAAUGUGUUGUGUAAUGAAUUCGUAAAUCAGAUGCUGAAUGCUAUUUUUUUUCCUUUCUUUGGAUGUUCUGGUUUGUUUCUUCUUUCUUGCUUUGCUCAUAUCAAGUACUCCUGCCGGAGAUUUCCUAAUAGUUCUUAGAGAGAGACCUCGAAACUUUCCUCAGUUAACAUUUCUUUUUAUUACUUUUUGCUUCCUUUGCUGUGUGUACUAAAAUUCUUAUGUUUCAAGCAGUGUUAGAUACAGUUUCAAAUGAUUAACGUAUCAUAUCACUUUCUCACAUAGCAAAGCAAUAACAUUGCAUCUUAAAACUGACAAAGUAUUCAGAGAAGAAAAUUGUGGGAAUAGGAAAUUGGAAUGAAGGCUGAUAAAAUAUUCCAUCAGUUAACUUUCCACAAAGAAAUGAAUUCUUUUGUGUCAAGCUUUUUAUGUUGCACACGUGCAUGUCUGAUUAUGAAAAUAAUUUUUACAAUAUGGUGGUCUUUGACCCAUCCUGCCGGAGUAAUUAAAAAAAGAAACAAGAAAAGAUAUAUUUUAUCUUGGAGGGUUCUCAGGUCAAGAGGUUACACUGAUAUGUGCAUUCAGAUUGGAAAUGGAGCUAUGGUUUCAAACAUCAGCACUCAAGAAGGAAUUUCUGUUGAGUAUUUUCGGUUUAGGGAUAGUUUGCUUGCAGAUAUAAUGAAUGCAGAUUUAGUUAUAAGUCAUGCUGGAGCUGGUAGCUGUCUUGAGAUACUUGAAGCUGGUAAGCCACUUGUAGUGGUUAUAAAUCAACAGCUGAUGGGUAAUCAUCAACUUGAACUUGCAAAACAGCUACAUGCUGAUGAACAUUUAUAUUACAGCACAUGUGAAAAUCUGAAAAGUGUGUUAGAAAAUAUGAACUUAGAAAAGUUAAAACCUUUUCCUCAUGGAAAUGCUGGUAUUUUUGCAGCAUACCUUAAUAGUGUAUUUGGUUUUAAUGAGUAUAAUAAUGAAACAUAGAGUUCUGGAGUAUUUCAGCACUGCCUCAGGGAGUUAAUCUCAAUGAAGCAUUGGGAUUCAUGAAGGUGUACCAGGUAAAGGAACAAUAUUGGUGUUAGAAUUGAGACAUACACAGUGUAUAUGCAAGGAACACCAGAACUCAGUUUCAGUCUGCAUUAUGAAUGAUCAAGUUACAUUCCACAAAAUGUUAAAUAUAAUAAUCACCAGUGACAUUUUUACUAUAGAAUAUUAUGAAUUUUAUUAAUGUCAAAACAAUAUAAAAACAUUCAUACUUAAUGUUUUGAAUAAAUGUAAUACACUGAAUAAAUAUAAUAUUAGUAAAAUACAUCAAUCUCCUCUCAUGUAAUACAUUCAUGUAAUUAUACAAAAACUUAAUUCUGCUGUAAUAAAAAAAAAUUGUUGCCAUGAUA